AUGUUAUUGGUGUUAAUCAUUCGUAACAUAAUACAAAGCAUAAUGACAAGUUUAACAACAGCAACAGCUGAAAUUGUCACUCAAAUAUUAUUUUAUAAUACAUACAACAAAAAUAGCAGUAAUUAUUCCGCAUCAGUAAUUGGAGAUCCUAAUUUCAAAUGUAUUCAGCGUCGUCUCUACUCAACAUUUUAUGUAUUAAUUAAACAAUUAAACCCUAUAUAUCUACGAUUUUUAAUCGUUCCAAGUAUUCUCUUAAAUAUUCUAUGUUUAAUUGUAUUAUCAAGACCACAUCUAUCAAAAAAGUCGACAACAAUAUGUUAUCUACGAGCAUUAGCAGUAUUCGAUAUGCUAUGUAUAUCGUUGAAAUUUUUUCGUAUGGAACUCAAUUAUCAAUCGGCUGAAAAAGGCCAUAAUAUAUUUCUAUUAACUUCACCAUUUUGUAAAGUAUUAUAUGUUUUACUUAGUGCAUCAAUUUCAAUCGAUAUGUGGAUCAUUGCACUUAUGUCACUAGAUAAGUUAAUUGCCGUUCGCUAUCCAUUGAAAAGUACAAUAUUAUUGACUCAAAAACGUGCCUUUAUAUCCUGUGUCAUCGUCACAUUUGUUAUGCUGUGUCUGAAUUUAUAUUUUAUAAAAACAGCAGAUAUUAAACUGUCAAAUAAAAGAAAAUAUUGUACAUUGAUAACAGAGUCAAUACUAAUCGAUAUGAUUACAGCCUCAUUUCUACCCAUAGGAAUAAUAACCUGUACAAAUACGUACAUAGCCAUUGUGUUACAUAAUUCCACUAAAAAGACCUUAACAUGGAAUGAAACAACUCGUCUUACUGUAGCAAGCAUCGAUGCUGGCAGCAUAAAAUAUAACAAUCUUAAAAAAUACAGAACAUUUUUCAAAAAACGGAAAUCUUCGAUAGAUUUAGAAAAAAAUACUACAUUAAACCAGCAACAACGUCAUUCAUCGUCUGUCGCACGGACAUCAUCACAAUAUGAUAGUGGCGAACAUAGAAAUUCAACUAAUGUGUUGAAACGCACAAGCACACAGGUAACAAGGAUGUUGUUAGCUGUUACAUCAUCGUUAAUUAUUCUCAAUAUACCAAAUACAUUGUUCUUUUUAUUAAUUAAAAUCUAUGAUCCACGUUUAGUUCUACACGAUCCACACACCGAACAUCCUCAUAGAGAGUUACUACUAAGAAAUUGUGGUCUGAUAACAGAUAGAGAUUUGAAUAUUUAUAAAUUUGGUAUCUAUUCGUCGUUAUUACAAAAUAUUCUUGGCGAUUUACCGCAUGUUGUCAAUUUUUUCAUCUAUUGUAUUGCUGGUAAAAAAUUUCGACUUAUAUUUAAAACUGAAGUUUUAUUAUUUUUCCAAAAAACUCAUAUAUUACAUAAAAAAGAUACGGGAAAAUGGCGCAUAUCCACACCAGGAUUGGGAAAUGUUUCACAACAAAUCGGAGCCAAACAUGCACCGAGCAUUUCAACAAUAGCUCGAGAUUCAUAUUAUUAUAAUCAAAUAGGACAUUCAAGACGUUCAGUACCAUACGCUGAAACAAAAUUGCUAAAUAACAUGGAUGAAAACAAUGAACAAGAACAACGACAACAAACGGCAAUAAUUAGGACUACUGUCGACAAAAAGAGAAGAUAUUUAAGUGCAGAAAAUUUCCUAACUUAUUCAAAAAACAUGCGUAAUAAAAGAUCCAUUAGCAUAAAUGGAAAAAUAAGUUUUUUGUCGACACCAGAUUUAAGUCGCAAUGGUAACAAUGAUAGUUGUAUAAAUACACUAAACAAUAAUAAAGAUUUAUAG